UGUGUUUGUUUCUUCAUGACUGCUGCUUUGGGAAGCGAGCCUCAGCACCAGCUCCAGCAACGCCAACACCAUGCGAGCCCAAAUCGAAGUUAUACCUUGCAAAAUCUGCGGAGACAAAUCAUCAGGUAUCCACUAUGGAGUCAUUACGUGUGAGGGAUGUAAGGGUUUCUUCAGACGGAGUCAGCAGAACAAUGCAUCCUACUCCUGUCCCCGCCAGAGGAACUGCCUCAUCGACAGAACAAACCGUAACCGCUGCCAACACUGCCGCCUGCAGAAAUGUCUCGCCCUAGGAAUGUCCAGAGAUGCGGUAAAGUUCGGCCGCAUGUCCAAGAAGCAACGUGACAGCCUAUAUGCAGAGGUCCAGAAGCACCAGGCACGACUGCAGGAGCAGCGGCAGCAGCAGACAGGCGAAGCAGAAGCUCUGGCACGUGUUUACUCUUCCAGCCUAACCAACGGACUGUCCACCCUUAACCAUGAGAUUGGGGGCACCUAUGCCAAUGGCCACGUAAUUGAGCUGCCCAAGGGUGGCCAUGGUAACGGAGUUGGAGUCCCGGGGGGUUAUUAUGGGAUGGACUCCACCCAGCCGUCUCCAGACCAGUCAGGUUUGGACAUGUCGGGCAUGAAGCAUAUUAAGCAGGAGCCAGUGUACGACCUGACGCCAGUACCCAACCUGUUCAGCUACGGAGGCUACCAGGACAGUCAGCUGGGACACAAUAAUGUCAGCAUGGGAGAGCUGGACCGUAUUGCUCAGAAUAUCAUCAAGUCCCACUUGGAGACAUGUCAGUACACAACAGAAGAGCUGCAGCAGCUAGCCUGGCAGACACACUCCUAUGAAGAGGUCAAGAUGUACCAGAGCAAGCCCCGGGACGUGCUGUGGCAGCAGUGUGCCAUCCAGAUCACCCAUGCAAUCCAGUACGUGGUGGAGUUCGCCAAGCGCAUCUCAGGGUUUAUGGAACUGUGUCAGAAUGACCAGAUCCUCCUGCUCAAGUCAGGUUGUUUGGAGGUAGUCUUGGUGCGAAUGUGCAGGGCGUUCAACCCUCUCAACAACACGGUGCUCUUUGAAGGGAAGUAUGGUGGCAUGCAGAUGUUCAAAGCUCUAGGUUGUGAUGACUUAGUGAGUGCAGUGUUUGACUUUGCCAAGAGUUUGUGUUCACUGCAGCUGACAGAGGAGGAGAUCGCUCUGUUCUCAGCAGCUGUACUAAUUUCCACAGAUCGGCCGUGGCUGAUGGAGCCUCGGAAAGUCCAGAAGCUCCAAGAGAAGAUCUACUUUGCUCUGCAGCACAUUAUGCAGAAGAACCACAUGGACGAAGAUGCAUUGGCUAAGCUGAUCAGCCGAAUCCCAACAUUGUCAGCCCUGUGCACGCUCCAUACCGAGGAGCUCCAGACCUUCCAGCAGCUCCACCCAGAAACAGUCAACGUCCUCUUCCCUCCGCUCUACAAAGAACUCUUCAACCCUGACCCCAACUCUGCCAUGGCCAUGCCCAAGUGACUGACUGUGGGCCCAAUGGAACAAACGGAGUCAGCGGAGGACCAAGAAAAUAAGAAAGCUACGUCCAACAAGAUGACAGAGGCUGUGUCGACUAUGUCAUCAUCGUGGCAUUCACAAAUUCCUGUGCUCCCCCGGCCUCAUUUUAAGCUAGGGGGUGAGGAGUCAUCUGCCAGAAACUUACAGUUACCGCCAACAAUACUAGGAAUGUCCAGCACUUAUUCCAUCCUGUUCACCGAUACAGUCUGAAGAAUGUAUAUAUAAAUGAAACGCGCCCCAAGCCACAACCUAUGUGGGGCUUCCUCCUGUCUCCUGAACUGAACUGACAGACCAGAAAUGUACAGACUUUAAAAAACAUCUAGGAACAUUUUUAAGGUGUUAAUCUA